GUGAACAUCAAACAAAGAAACCAAAAAACGCCAUUUCAUUUCUUUUCUUUUCUUUUCUUUCUUUCUUUUCAAAUAAACAAAUACAAUUAAAUUCUCUCCGCCCUACCCGCGAAUUUGUUCAUAUUUUCCGGCUGACGGUGUACCUCUGGAAAAACCAAGAAGAGGACUAGUUGUCCUAGUAUUAGUAGUACUAGUACUACUACUACUACUAGAAGAGGAAGAAGAAGCAGGAGAGGAAGUGGAGACUGAGAGGAGGUUUAUUGAUAUAUGAUUGGAAAAAAAAAAAAUGAUGAGAUUUUGUUGGUGUUUUGUUUACCGUUGACGAAUGGAGUGAGUCUGAUCGAAGUUGUGAUUCCGUACGCGUUAUUACUGUGGGAAUUUGAUGAUUUGUGGAGUAAUUUUGUGUAAGAAACAGAGUUCUUUGUGGAUUUGAUUGCAUUGCUGCUGUUUUUCUCUUUUUGUUUCCGUUGGUGAUUACUACGACUUUGGCGUAACUGAAGAAGAAGUUGUUUCCGAAAGGUUUGUGUUAUAUUAAGUUCGAUUGCUGUUAGUCUAGUUGAAGUAGAGCUGGAGAAAGGAGGAGGACCAAUGGAGGCAGAUUUUCAGCAGCAGCAUCAUCAUAUUCUUCAUGAACAUCAUCAGCAACAACCGCAGAUGAAUUCUGGCUUGACACGGUACCGUUCUGCACCGAGUUCGUAUUUCAGAAGUCUGACGGAUAGGGAAUUCUGCGAUCAGUUCUUCAAUCGGCCAUCCAGCCCUGAAACAGAAAGAAUUUUCGCACGGUUUAUGACCGGCGGCGGCGGCGGCGGCGGCGGCGGCCCUGAAGGUUCAUCCCAGAACCUGGACGAGUCUCAGAAGAGUGCUCAGGGUGGAGAAGUGCUUGUAUCCACUGAGGCAAAUCAACAAACAUCUUAUGUGGGUAAUCAAACAAGAGCUAUCCAUCAGCAACCAAGCAAUGUCAACACCAAUUACCCACCUGUUUCAUCAACACCGAGUUUCUAUCAAACUUCAAUGAAACCCCCACUUCCAAAUCAGGGUAUGAUUUCACAAACGGAUGGAUCUGGUUCAAUUGCAGUCGAUCUAAAGCCACGGAUUAGAACAGAUGGUGGAAGAACUUCGAAUCUCAUUCGGCAAAGUAGCUCACCUGCCGGACUAUUCGACCACAUAAAGAUCAAUGAUAGUGGCUAUGCUGCAUUGAGAGGCAUGGGAAAUUUUGGAACUCGUAGUAGCUUUAAUGAAGAAGCGUCUUUUUCUUCUCCAAGCAGGUUGAAAAAUUUCUCACCAAGGACCUUGCCACCACACUCGUCAGGGUUGAUGAGUCCCGUGGUUGGAAUUGAGAAAAAAAGUAUCAGAGAAACCAAUCAAGAUACUAAAAGCUUUGCCGAAAGCCAAACCAGCGAUUAUGGUAGUACUAGCUUCCCAGUUGGUUCCUGGGAAGACUCUGCUGUUAUGUCUGAUAACAUUGUUGGUCAAAAACCACUAGAAGAUAACGAUGAUGACGAGAAGUCGUACUCGAAUUUUAACAUUUCAGAUACUAAGAAGAUGGAUACCGGAAAUCGCCCUCCCUUGCUUGCUCAUCAUCUGAGUUUACCAAAUACUUCAGCAGAAAUGAGUGCUAUUGAAAAGAUCUUGCAAUUUUCAGAUUCUGUUCCUUGUAAACUUCGAGCCAAGCGCGGCUGCGCUACUCAUCCCAGAAGCAUUGCGGAGAGAGUCAGACGAACUAAAAUUAGUGAAAGAAUGAGGAAGCUUCAAGAGCUAGUGCCCAACAUGGACAAGCAAACCAACACAUCAGACAUGUUAGAUUUGGCAGUUGAGUACAUAAAAGGGCUUCAGAAACAAGUUCAGACACUUUCAGAUAAUCGUGCAAAAUGUAAGUGCUCACAUAGUCAGCAUCAAUAAUGAAAAAAAGAGAUCGGCCGUGGAAAUUCUUAUGUACAGAGCAAUAGCAAUUUCAAAUUUUAGGAUAGAACACGAAUGAAUCUCUCUGAGGAUAUAACUACUUAUUUCUGUACUAAUUAAGAAGGAAAAAAAAAAGUGGGUCAACAUUAUUUUCUUUGAAGAAAGUUUGCAGAAGAAAAGAAAAAAGAAAGAAGAUCGGAGAGCUGCAAAGGACAAGCAGAUAGUGAGGUACAGCAAUGGGAAAUGAAGACAAAGAACUGGUGAAAGCUGGUCAUGCAUGUGAGUUUAAAAGACUUGCUGGUACUUGCCUUCCACUGUGUAAAUUAAAUAACUAUAUUUGCAUGAUUAGUAGAUCUUUCAUUGCAUUUAAUCUGCCACUUUAGAGAGAGAGAAAGAUUGACUUGGCUGUUGUAGAUCUGGUUAUAUAAAUUAAGAAGGGAAGUUGCCAUUAAUGGCUGACCCAAUGAAUGGCUUAGAAAGAAGUGGGAAAUAAGUUGCCUGAUUUGUAUUAGAAAUGUUGCAGAUAAAUUAUUCCUUUUGGUGCUACAUUUCAUUAUUAUUACCAUUGUUAUGUGCAUUCUUCA